AGAUAUUUUUGAGGAUCUUUAUUUUGUUUUCUUUUUUCUUGAUAUUGGGACAUAUUAAAAAUAGCUUUAGUUUAUUUCUGGUGCUCAUAUGUGUUCGACAUGUUAUAGGAAAUGCCUAAUUAAAAAAAAAGAGCAUCGAACGUCUCUCUUUAAAACAAAAAGAGAUAAUUUUAACAAGUUUAUAGUCAAUUACGCGAUAAGGUUUCUCAAAGAUAUAGACAAAUUAGUCAAGUAAGACGACGCAGUCGUGAUUUAUAGUUUAAAAAGUGAACGCUGCUUUCGAAUGUGAUUAAACAAGACUCACCAUCGGAAAAUAAGGAUUUAUCAAGAUAUCGAGGAUUAUGAGGGAUCGAGAUCGUGAAUUAGAAGAGUUUCCAUUACAAAGUUUUGGCCCAUUCGAGAAACGAUCUUCAACAAGUCUCAAGGGACCCCUCAGGGUAUUGAGACUAUGUCUUCUAGCAGUCAUAGUCCCUACCCUUAUUCUUGGGGUUCCCUUGUAUUUGAGGUACAACGUGUAUGGCGCCCAAUUGUAUCCAUUAGCCAUGUCGGAUAUGCGCAUGUUAGAUAACAAAGUGUCUACAACUUGGUGUCAGAGGCAGAGGAUAAAGACAAACGCAACGUUCAAUGCGUUCCUCUUAUCAGAACCUCCGAAAUUGUCGGAUACUAUAAAAACAUUGUCGAUGACACGACACUUUGUUUUAGAAGACGACACUAAAGAGUACUGGGGAUUUUAUCUUUUAAAAGGAUCAUCUGUGACGGUAAACACUUGUGUUAGAUGGCCCGGUGCAUCUUUAAUUGUGAUAAGAGGCCACAGACAUCUCCACGAGUGUGCAUACAUUGGAGACGAUUCGUCUGAAGAAUUGGACGAAUUGAUGGAGGCUAUCAAGGAAGGAACUUAUGUUGCCAAUGAACAGGAUCUUUUAAGGCUAAACUCGAAUGAAUCACGAACCAAUGAUCCAGAAAUUAUGAAGAGGCAUCGUGCCGAUGUCACAUUUCACAGUCCUGCUCAUCAAGCCAAUAAGGAAAACUACACUAUCAAGGAUAACAUAGACACUUCAGAUUUAACAGAUUCGAAAUUCAUGAAGUCGAUACUGGAAGCCCUUCAAACGAAGAAACAGAAGGAUAAAAAUAAACAAGUUGAAAACCAUCCACAUUUUAAGAGGAAUUCCACCAUUGCCAAAAAUGAAACCGAUAAUCUAAAUAUCCACUAUCCAGGUGAAUCUAUGGAUAGGCCAGAAACAUCCGAAGAAGUCAUUAACCGACUGUUGAACACUUUGGGUAAUAUGGGCGAAAAGGGUUCGAGGAUAUUGGAGGAACUUAAUAAAAAAUUUGGCAAUCAAGGAGACAAUAAAGCUUCGAAUAAAGAUACCGAAGAAAGUGGACCUGCGUUAAAGACGCAGGGAAGACAAUACAAUAAGCCUGUAGUCCAGUUUAGUAAGAGUAUUGAUGACCGUAGAAGAAAAAGAAGAAGAAGGGACGUGGCAGCAGCUUAUAUCGAUUUAAAUAAGGACGAUGAUGAUAACGACAAAGGUCUUGAAGAGGGAUUCACCCCAAAGCCAGAUGGUAUCGCUGAUCAUCGCGACACCAUAAACGAAACCGAUACGGACCAUGACAUGAGCAACAGUGAGUUCUGGUCAUCGUUUUCGAGCUCGGAAGAGGCCUUACUGAAUUGUGAAGGGUUGAUUUUGAAUUUACCUCUUACACCGCACCACAACUGUCGCAGGGAUUUGAGCGACCAAGAAGCCGAAGAGACGUAUUUAGCAAACUCUAUUACGUACAGGGUACCGGUUAACGGUUAUUACUUUUUCGUGUUCAACAGCGAGAACGAGAUCCAGCCCAACUACAUCCGGGUUCAGUUCCACCUGAACAAGGCCAUCUAUGAUCUGUCGAAUCCGGUGUCCGUGUGCAAAAAUCAAUCGGAAACCUGCGCGGUGGACCUGAAGUUUUUCUCGUCGGAAAAGUUGGUUUUGGAGCUGCCCGUCAAGGAGAACGAGACGCUCUGGAACGAGGAGUAUAUUGUGGAGUCGGAAUGCGAGCCCAGAACUGCGUUGUAUGCAGCUUGUGUGAUAUCUGUACCUGUAAUUAUUCUAAUAUUUGCUUUUUCUUGAAGCGCAUAGUAUUAAUGGAGUGUGGUCAUAAAUAUACAGUAGGGUGAGCUAAAAAAACUAACCUAUGGAAUUUAUGGGUUAAAAUGAACCUAAUAACCGAGAAAAAAAAUCCCCGGAAGCAGGAUUUUUAUCUCAAUUUUAAACGGUAUCGGUGAACAUUCAAAGUUUUUCAUUUAAAUAGCACGUAAA